UCUCUGUCUGCUAGAAGGGGCGAGGGGCUCUCUCUCUUUCUGCCCUCCCCCUGAUGCCUCCUGGCUGCUCUGAUGGGGAGGGGGUGGGAUCCUGCCUGCCUCCCAGAGCUUCCAUGUGAUUGGCCCUCGCCCCUGUGACCGGUGGGGUUGUCACUGGGCAGCAGGUGCAGAGUGGGGGGCUCUUGCUCUUUCAGGGGCCGGUGACCUUCGAGGAGGUGGCUGUGUAUUUCACCAGGGAAGAGUGGGCUCUGCUGGACCCCGCUCAGAGAGCCCUCUACAGAGAUGUCAUGCAGGAGAACUAUGAGAACGUGGCCUCGCUGGGGUUCCCAGUUUCCAAACCCGAUGUCAUCUCCCAGCUGGAACGAGGGGAAGAGCCGUGGGCUCCAGAUCGCCAGGGCUCAGAGGAGAGAGAGAACCUGGGAGACAGCUGCAUGGCAGGUGAGGGGGCAGUGAGAGAGACCGUGGAGCAGAAGCCUCAGCAGGAAGAGGAGCAAGUGGAAGCACAUGGGGUGUUAUUGCAAAGAUGCAAAGGGAGUGUGUCCAGGAGUUGUGAGCGGGGAAGAGGCUCUCAGGGGCAGCACAGGUCAGAGAAGCGGCAGGGAAACCAGCCAGCACAGAAAGUUGGAAUAUCUGUUAAUUAUCGGGGAACUCACAAAGGCCUCAAGGAAGCCACGGCCCAGCAGAGAAUCCUGACGGGAGAGAGAAAUAACACGGGCUUUGAGAGUGGGAAAAAGUUCAGGAGGCGCUCACACCAUCAGAGAAUCCACUCCGGAGUGAGACCCUAUGGAUGCUGCGAGUGCGGGAAAACCUUCACUGAGCGCUCAACCCUUAUUCGCCAUCAAAGGAUCCACAUCGGAGUGAGACCCUAUGGAUGCUGUGAGUGCGGGAAAACCUUCACUGAGCGCUCAACCUUUAUUCGCCAUCAAAGGAUCCACACAGGGGAGAAACCCUAUGGAUGCUGUGAGUGCGGGAAAACCUUCGCUCAGCGCUCACAACUUAUUAGCCAUCAGAGGAUCCAUACAGGGGAGAAACCCUAUGGAUGCUGUGAGUGCGGGAAAACCUUCACUGAGCACUCACGCCUUAUUCGCCAUCAGAGGAGCCACACAGGGGAGAAACCCCAUGAAUGCUGUGAGUGCGGGAAAACCUUUGCUCAGCGCGCACACCUUAUUCGCCAUCAGAGGAUCCAUACAGGGGAGAAACCCUAUGGAUGCUGUGAGUGCGGGAAAACCUUCACUGAGCACUCACGCCUUAUUCACCAUCAGAGGAGCCACACAGGGGAGAAACCCCAUGAAUGCUGUGAGUGCGGGAAAACCUUCACUGAGCGCUCACGCCUUAUUCGCCAUCAGAGGAGCCACACAGGGGAGAAACCCUAUGGAUGCUGCGAGUGCGGGAAAACCUUUGCUCGGCGCUCACACCUUAUUCGCCAUCAGAGGAGCCACACAGGGGAGAAACCCCAUGAAUGCCGUGAGUGCGGGAAAACCUUCGCUCGGAGCUCACACCUUAUUCGCCAUCAGAGGAUCCAUACAGGGGAGAAACCCUAUGGAUGCUGUGAGUGCGGGAAAACCUUUGCUCGGAGUUCACACCUUAUUACGCAUCAGAGGAGCCACACAGGAGAGAAACCCUAUGAAUGCCAUGAGUGCGGGAAAACCUUUGCUCAGAUCUCAGGCCUUAUUUCACAUCGGAGGAGCCACACAGGAGAAAAACCGUAUGGAUGCCGUGAGUGCGGGAAAACCUUCGCUCACUUCUCAAAUCUUAUUACACAUCAGAGAAUCCACACAGGGGAGAAACCCUAUAAAUGCCAUGAGUGCGGGAAAACGUUCGCUCAGCACCCACACCUUAUUGCCCAUCAAAGGAGCCACACAGGAGAGAAACCCUAUGGAUGCUGUGAGUGCGGGAAAACCUUCGCUGGGAGAUCAGGCCUUAUUACACAUCAGAGGAACCACACAGGGGAGAAACCCUAUGGAUGCCAGAACUGCGGGAAAAGCUUCAAUCAGCGCUCACACCUUAUCACACAUCGGAGAAUCCACACAGGGGAGACGCCCUACACGUGCUCUAUGUGCGGGAAAAGCUUCGGGCAGAGCUCUCACCUUAUCACACAUCAGAGAAUCCACACAGGGGAGACGCCCUACACGUGCGCUGAGUGCGGGAAAAGCUUCAGUUACAGCUCAGCCCUUAUCAGACAUCAGAGAAUCCACACAGGGGAGAUGCCCUACACGUGCGCUGAGUGCGGGAAAAGCUUCAGUUACAGCUCAGCCCUUAUCAGACAUCAGAGAAUCCACACAGGGGAGAUGCCCUACACGUGCUCUGAGUGCGGGAAAAGCUUCAAUCAGAGCUCAAACCUUAUUACACAUCAGAGAAUCCACACUGGUGAGACUCCCUACACGUGCUCUGAGUGCGGGAAAAGUUUCGGGCGGAGCUCUGACCUUAUCAGACAUGAGAGAAUCCAUACUGGGGAGACGCCCUACACAUGCUCUGAGUGCGGGAAAAGCUUUGGGCGGAGGUCUCACCUUAUCAGACAUGAGACAAUCCACACAGGGGAGACGCCCUACACGUGCUCUGAGUGCGGGAAAAGUUUCGGGCGGAGCUCUCACCUUAUCACACAUCAGAGAAUCCACACAGGGGAGAUGCCCUACACGUGCUCUGAGUGCGGGAAAAGCUUCAGUUACAGCUCAGCCCUUAUCAGACAUCGGAGAAUCCACACAGGGGAGAUGCCCUACACGUGCUCUGAGUGCGGGAAAAGCUUCAGUCAGAGCUCAAACCUUAUUACACAUCAGAGAAUCCACACUGGUGAGACGCCCUACACGUGCUCUGAGUGCGGGAAAAGCUUCGGGCGGAGCUCUGACCUUAUCAGACAUGAGAGAAUCCAUACUGGGGAGACGCCCUACACAUGCUCUGAGUGCGGGAAAAGCUUCGGGUGGAGCUCUCACCUUAUCACACAUCAGAGAAUCCACACAGGGGAGACACCCUACACGUGCUCUGAGUGCGGGAAAAGCUUCAAUCACAGCUCAAACCUUUCUCAACAUCAGAGAAUCCACACAGGGGAGAGGCCCUUUGAAUGCAGUGAGUGUGGGAAAAGCUUCACUAGCAGCUCAGACCUUUCUAAACAUCAGAGAAUCCACACAGGGGAAAGGCCCUAUGCAUGCCGUGAGUGUAGGAAAACCUUCAGUCGCAUUUCACACCUUAUUAGGCAUCAAACAAUCCACAGAGGAGAGAGGCCCUAUGAAUGCCGUGAGUGUCGGAAAUGCUUCACUAGCAGCUCGGCCCUUUCUGUUCAUCAGAGAAUCCACACAGGGGAGAGGCCCUUUGAAUGCCCUGAGUGUGGGAAACGCUUCACUAGCAGCUCAGACCUUUCUCAACAUCAGAGAAUCCACACGGGGGAGAGGCCCUUUGAAUGCCGUGAGUGUGGGAGAAGCUUCACUCAAAGAUCAGUCCUUUCUAGACAUCAGAGAAUCCACACAGGGGACAGGCCCUAUGAAUGCACUGAGGAGUGGGGAAAAACCUUCUCUCACAGCUCAGCCCUUUCUGUACAUCAGAGAAUCCACACAGGGGACAGGCCCUAUGAAUGCACUGAGUGUGGGAAAUGCUUCACUAGCAGCUCAAACCUUUCUCAACAUCAGAGAAUCCACACAGGGGAGAGGCCCUUUGAAUGCAGUGAGUGUGGGAUAAGCUUCACUAGCAGCUCAGACCUUUCUAAACAUCAGAGAAUCCACACAGGGGAAAGGCCCUAUGAAUGCCGUGAGUGUCGGAAAUGCUUCACUAGCCGCUCGGCCCUUUCUGUUCAUCAGAGAAUCCACACAGGGGAGAGACCCUUUGAAUGCCGUGAGUGUGGGAAACGCUUCACUAGCAGCUCAAACCUUUCUCAACAUCAGAGAAUCCACACAGGGGAGAGGCCCUUUGAAUGCAGUGAGUGUGGGAAAAGCUUCACUAGCAGCUCAGACCUUUCUCAACAUCAGAGAAUCCACACAGGGGAGAGGACCUUUGAAUGCCGUGAGUGUGGGAAAUGCUUCACUAGCAGCUCAGACCUUUCUCAACAUCAGAGAAUCCACACAGGGGAGAGGACCUUUGAAUGCCGUGAGUGUGGGAAAUGCUUCACUAGCAGCUCAAACCUUUCUCAACAUCAGAGAAUCCACACGGGGGAGAGGCCCUUUGAAUGCCGUGAGUGUGUGAAAAGCUUCACUCAAAGAUCAGUCCUUUCUAGACAUCAGAGAAUCCACACAGGGGACAGGCCCUAUGAAUGCACUGAGUGCGGGAAAACCUUCAACCGCAGUUCGCACCUUAUUAGGCAUCAGAGAAUCCACACAGGGGAGAGGGCCUAUGAAUGCAGUGGAUGUGGGAAAACCUUCACUAGCAGUUCAGCCCUUUCUGUUCAUCAGAGAAUCCACACGGGGGAAAGGCCCUACGAAUGCCGUGAGUGUGGGAAAAGCUUUAGUCUGCGCUCACACGUUAUCGCACAUGAGAGAAUCCACACAGGGGAGAGGCCCUUUGAAUGCCGUGAGUGUGGGAAAAGCUUCACUCACAGCUCAGCCCUUUCUGUUCAUCAGAGAAUCCACACAGAGAAGAGGCCCUAUGAAUGCAGUGAGUGUGGGAAAACCUUCACUAGCAGCUCAGCCCUUUCUAAACAUCAGAGAAUCCACACAGGGGACAGGCCCUACAAAUGCCGUGAGUGUGGGAAAACCUUCACUCAAAGAUCAACCCUUUCUGUUCAUCAGAGAAUCCACACGGGGGAAAGGCCCUAUGAAUGCCGUGAGUAUGGGAAAAGCUUUAGUCAGCGCUCACACGUUAUCGCACAUGAGAGAAUCCACACAGGGGACAGGCUCUUUGAAUGCCGUGAGUGUGGGAAAAGCUUCACUCACAGCUCAGACCUUUCUAAACAUCAGAGAAUCCACACCAGGGGAAAGAGACGCUACAUGUGCCAUGAGUGCGGGAAAAGCUUCAAUCGGCGCUCACACCUUAUCACGCAUCAGAGAAUCCACACUGGCGAGACACCCUACACGUGCUCUGAGUGCGGGAAAAGCUUCGGGCGGAGCUCUACCCUUUUCACACAUUGGAGAAUCCACACAGGGGAGACGCCCUACACGUGCUCUGAGUGCGGGAAAAGCUUCAGGCGGCGCUCUGAGCUUAUCGCACAUCAGAGAAUCCACACAGGGGAGACGCCCUACAUGUGCUCUGUGUGUGGGAAAAGCUUCAAUCGGCGCACAAACCUUAUUACACAUGAGAGAAUCAACUUUGAAGAGACGCCCUACACAUGCUCUGAGUGCGGGAAAAGCUUCAGUCACCGCUCUGGCCUCAUCAGACAUCAGAGAAUCCACACAGGGAAGCUGCCCUACACGUGCACUGAGUGCGGGAAAAGCUUCAAUUGGUGCUCAAACCUUAUCAUACAUCAGAGAAUCCACACAGGAGAGAAGCCCUACACGUGCUUUGAGUGCGGGAAAAGCUUCAGGCACGGCUCUGCCCUUAUCACACAUCAGAGAAUCCACACAGGAGAGAAGCCCUACACAUGCUUUGAGUGCGGGAAAAGCUUCAGUCACCGCUCUGCCCUUAUCACACAUCAGCGAAUCCACACAGGAGAGACGCCCUACACAUGCGCUGAGUGCGGGAAAAGCUUCAGUCAGCUCUCACACCUUAUCAGACAUCAGAGAACCCACACAGGAGAGACGCCCUACACGUGCUCUGAGUGCGGGAAAAGCUUCGGUCGGCGCUCAAACCUUAUCAGACAUCAGAGAAUCCACACAUGA